UUGUAAGCAAAAGUAGGAAAACACGUGUCUAUGCAAAAGAGUUGUAUGUCUUUGUAACCGAAAGCAUGUGAAAUGACAAGCUGGUUGUCCUUGUGAAUGCGAAAUGACGAGAUUAUCUUCAUGAUAAAAUAAACUUGUUAGCACAAAGAGGAGCUUAACUUCCUCUUAUAGAAUAAGAAAAACUCAAACUCAAAACACUAUCCAUAUUCAACCAAAAUCAGCAAUCAAUUGUUCAAGGCAAAGAUUUUUGAAAUGCCUAAUGAUAUCACCCUUCAAAUUCUUCUAAAACUUCCUAUCAUAUUGCUUUUACGGUUCAAAUGCAUCUGCAAAUCAUGGCGCUCUCUAAUUGAAGAUUCCCAAUUCAUCAAGCUUUACUGUAAUUCGUCAAAAAAGGAUGUGAAUCGUCACAAAAUCUUCAUAACUGAUGGUGAAUAUAACAACAAUGACAACUAUUUCUACUCCUUAGAUGCUCCACUUCUACAUGAUUCUAUGGCCUCUCUUAUCGGGCCUCCAAUUCCAGGAAUAAAUCAAUUUAGUAGAGUAAGUUUUACUAGUUCUUCAAUUAAUGGUAUACUUCUUAUGAUUUUUCCUUACGACUUUAUCGUUUUGUGGAGUCCCACCAAGAGCAAAAAGAAAAUCCCUAGCCCAAUUUCUAAAAAGAAAAAAAAGGAGAGGAUACGAUUUCCUGCUAUUUAUGGAUUUGGCUAUGUUUCCUUUACUGGCGAUUAUAAAAUAGUUAGAGUAGGGAAAAAAGAUAUUUCAAAUGACUAUUAUGAGGUUAAUUCGUUUUCAACAAAAAGUUAAUCGUGGAAAUUGAUUGACAAGUUUUCUCCGAAUAACUUUUUUUUGGAAAGGGACAUUGUUAUCAUAGACGUGAUUAUUUAUUCGAGAGUGAUGACGGAUUUGUCUUCGUGUAUGAAUGAAUCUAUUAUAUUAAGUUUUUGUUUGAAGAAGGAACAAUUUCUGCUAGUGUCAUUUCCAGAUCGGAUUCAAAGGUUCCAAGAUCCAAUUUUGUAUGUUUUAGAAGAAAAUCUUUGUUUGACUAGGAUACAUAAUUUAGCGAAUCGCGAUUUUGAAGUUUGGCAUAUGAAAAAAAGUGAAUUAAUGAACAACACAUGAAGUAAGAUCUUGACGAUUCCAUCGAUGCAUUGCGGAUGUAGCUUGAGGCCCGUGAGCUUAAUGAGAAUUAAUGGAGAUAUAAUAUUUCUAAGGUAUAAAGGUUAUUUCGAGGUCUAUAAUACAAAAGAAACAAAAGUAGUUGAAGUUACUAGGCUUGAAUUAUCACUUUUCUUCAACUGGGUUGUACCAUAUGUAGAGCACUUGUUUUCUCCUAAACAGAAGCAGAUUCAGGAGUACAAAAAGAGUCAAAUUCGAAAUAGUUAA